UGUACAACGCCAUUACUGUAUCACUUCCGCAUAGCCAUGGUAUUGCCACAAGAAGUUCUUUGGAGGACAGCCGGGUAUGAAAGCUGAUGCACAGCGGGCACGGGCCCAAGGCCAAGCCAGACCAUGGUCCUCCAGAAGGCCUUCCCAGCCAUCCGAACGCGAACGGACACCAACACCAGUGACCCGACCUGGUUCUGCAGCGCCCUGGACUAGCAGUCCUGACCCGUCCACUCCCCGACUGGGUUCUCCGUUGCUGUAUGGCGCAGUAGGCGUGUAUUCUGGUGUCCCACCAGACUUGGUGCUUCCUGCAGAUGGCCGGCAGUCUGGCGCCUUGCGGUUACAAGAAGGUGUUUUUCGCUCCCUUCGUCCGGACUCUGCAAGGUUUGGGCAGAAAGUCCCAAAGGAGGAAUUUGAUCGCCCAUCAACAGCCCCAGCAACAAGAGAGGCAAAGAAACACUUCACACGCGAAGGACCACAUCACCCCCAGGCUGGUAAAGAGGACCGUGUUGAUGACCGGCCGCAAACUGCACCUGUUACUGGCUCCAAGCAUAGGCUGUCACGCAGGUCUGAAUCAGAGGAAGCUAUUCUAGAGUUCGAAGGCUUCCUUGAGGGAGAUGAGGAGCAGGAUGGAGUAACGACAUUUAGUCCUGCUGAAAGGUAUGUGCAGCACCUGCAUGAACAGGACCAGGCUAUGGAGCAAGAUAUGACUGAGGAGAGGAACAUACGCGAACAGGCAGUCUCAAUGGCUUUGAGGACCACAGCCUUCAAUGCCAUGGCAUCCAGUCAAAUGGCAGUGACACUUCGCCGGGUUCCUUGGCGACCUGAGGUGUUCCUUGCCCUGAAAAAGCAGGCUGAUGAUCCCAUGUUGAGAACUUUGCUGCAGCGGCUUGUGUAUUCCUCAACCCGGAAGGCAAUAGCUCAGCAGUCCUAUUUCGUAUACUCCGACUCCCCGGCCAAAGACGAUGUUGGGGAGACGGUGAGCUUGUGGCCGCAAAUUGGGCACUGCGAUGUCAGAUGGUAUGGUGAAACUGCAACCCGCGUCUCCUUUGAGAUGAAGCCUUCCGUGAAAGAGGCCAGCCCAGAUGCGGUGGUUUCGAGCCAUUCUGUUCUGGACACCAUCAUUCAUCUCAAAACAGUUUGCCCGGAGCAUCCUACGGUCUUGAUUGCAGAGGUCGUUGAUUUUGACAUCAGUGGAGAUGUGGACCAACGGAAUGCGUGCAGCAUCGUACCAGAUGACUUGCUCCUUAGGUCCGACGUGGGAAGAUUUCUGGACCACAUCAAAAGGUCGUGUCGACAGUUCAACCAGAAAGACAAUCAGCCAAACACCCAGCUACGAGACUACAUGACAGACCAGGCCACCCCGUUUGUAGCACGCUUCAAUGAGGUGACAGUGUUCCGCGGCCCUGCCGAAAAGGGCUAUCCAUUCCUCAAGGAGACCAUUCAAGUUACAGUCCUGCUGAUGGCCAUGCCACGACAAAGGGCCACUUUGCAGCAGGUCCACUACCAGACCAAGCCUUCGGUCGACUGGUAUGGGCAUCUAAGCGAGUAUCAGUGUGUAGUAUCACGAUUUUUCCUACUCGCCCGGGCCAUUGAAGACCUCACCAAGAAGGGCGUUGAGGAGAAGAAGGCAGUCGUCGUUAUGCCCAUGCCAGGCUGUGCUUCCAACGUGCAGCAACCACACGACGCAGUGGCUAACUGCCUCAAGCAUUGGAAGCACAACUAUAGUCAGAUGUUCGAGUGCCUGCACGUUUGCUGCAGGAACCGACGUGGGCCUGACCAUGUUCUGACAGCUCGUGUUCGUGCGGCGGUGAAUCUACGUGAAAGACCAGCGCCUGGACUGGAUGCGCAUCACAGGCAUGGCAACACGAGGCAACCCAAGAGGAUAGUUCAGGACCGCGCCAUUUUGGAUGAUCCCUUGGAUGAGGACCAGACAGAUGAGGCUGUUGCCACCUUUCGAGAAAUGUCUGAGCGCGCGGUGGAGUUUGGAACCAGUAGAAGAGGUUCUAUCUCAUGGACAUCCAAGACGAUUUCGGAUUUUAUGAGGAAGAGGAAGGACCUGCAGGAGAUCAAAAAGGAGGAAUCUCCACCAAACAGGGCUCGCUCACAGGCGCUUGCUAUGGCCACACUCAGCAUGAUGAAGAAUACUGAUCAUCAAGCUGACGCGUUCGGCUACAUAAAAGACGAGGAGUCUGAAGAAGAACAAGAAGAAGGAGGUGCAAUCUCGGAAGACAACAUCCUGCGGAAGUCGCACAGUGAGAAACCUGAGAGAAGAGGCAGCGCACCAGACCUCUCAAAACACAGGGACAUCAUUAAGGGCCUUGACAACCAGGAGAGGAGGCGUAUGCGCAGGGCCUCAACGACAUGCGUUCGCUGGGAGAAGGAAAAUCCGGACUUGGCGUUGAGGAUGCCGGAGAAGGUUCGCGAAAUGCAUGCAAUGUGCCAGCUGGCUCAACAAAGCAUCCAAGCUAAGGCUGCUGGGAAGGUGAUAUUGGACACAAAACAAGCCGUCGUGAAAAACUUGGAUAGAAGAAGGCGAAGCUCAUUGACUGGACAACUUGGUGGAGGAGAAGACUUCCAGUUGGCUAGUGAUCCUCCAUCCCCGACAUCGGUCAGAGAAGUAGGUCUCAAAGCUGAGAGUCUUGGUCCAUCUGUGCGACCCAGCGCAAGUACUCGUUCACUGAAGCACUCAUUUGUAACCAAUGAGAGCUUGCAAAUGCGGUCCGCCACAAGAAGCAGGCUGUUAAGCCGGGUGAAAGACAGAAAAGACCAGAAGGACCAGAAUCAGAUAUCACGUGCCCAGUUUGGGAGCUCCAGAAGGUUUCCCAGAUCAGCGGCUUUGCUCAAGCGAGCACAGCGGCAAGCCGGCUUGCUCAAGGUGGCUGCAGGAGCGGCGAAUCAAGAGGUCCCAAGUGGGAUGCACAUGCGACCAGGCCGACGAGCAGCCUUCAACCUUGACAGCGGAGAAAGGUUUGUCCUGCCAGUACCUCCAGAUCGCCCCUUGGCCUCCAUGCACACGCAGUUCCGAAGGAGAAACAUGCGUGAGAACAUCAUGAUCUUCCGGGCAAGGUGCGAAGAUGACCUCACUCAGCAAGACUUGUUGGAUGUGGAACUAGCCACAGCUGAAUGUGAAGGUGAAAUCCUACGACUUUGCCGCAAGGCAGAAAAACUAUCGCCAAAAAAGAGUUAUUGAUCGACGAAGAAUGUUCGAUCAA